AUGGCCGACCCUAUUCCGUACGAGUUAGACGCCGUUAACGUUACCCCGAUUGCUUCAGGUGAAAUCGAUGGAACUUUUCGAUCCAGCUGCAUUGAUUUGAUAUCUGGGGCAUUAGGAGGCAAGGUCCUAGGAUUCUCGGAUCAAUGGUUUGCUGAUGCUGACAACCUGUUGACGCCUACACCCCCCAUAAGGCAACCUGGAAAGAUGGUCUACACAGGUGCCUGGUAUGACGGCUGGGAAACAAGGAGACAUAACCCGGAACCGUUUGACUGGGUUGCCAUACGACUUGGCGUUGCGUCUGGUACCGUGGAAGGAGUCGAAGUUGACACUGCUUUCUUUUCUGGAAAUCAUGCUCCUGCGAUUUCCGUUGAAGGCUGCUUUUCCUCAGAUGACGACGAAGUUCUCUCCUGGAAGGGAGGAAAGGGGAAAUGGGAAACUAUUAUAGGCAUUCAAGAGUGUGGUCCAUCACAAAGGUUUGGCUGGAAGUUGAACGACCCUACUUCGAAGCAAUACACCCACGUGAGGCUGAACAUGUAUCCCGAUGGAGGCAUUGCGAGAUUUCGACUGUUUGGACAUGCGGUGCCAGUCUUCCCAGCAGACACGGAUGCAAUCUUCGAUUUAGCUGCAGCUCAAAAUGGCGGAGUGGCAAUCUCUUGCAGUGACCAACACUUUGGCACCAAGGAUAACCUUAUAUUACCUGGCAGGGGAAAGGAUAUGGGAGACGGAUGGGAAACGGCACGAUCUCGAACUAAGGGGCAUGUAGACUGGGCAAUUAUUCGGCUAGGUGCUCCAGCUCUGAUUCAACGGUUUGUAGUGGAUACGGCAUUUUUCAGGGGAAACUUCCCUCAAAAAACAAAAAUCGAUGCUAUAGAAUGGAAAGGGGAGGGUGAGCCAGGGGCAGAUGUUGAAGGUUGGAUUGCAGUUCUCGAGCCGAGUAAGUGUGGUCCUGAUCAGGAACACGACUUUCCAUCUGCAAUACAGGACAGGUCUUUUACCCACGUUAAGCUUACCAUCAUUCCUGAUGGGGGAGUGAAGCGGUUACGCUACUCCUAUGCCUUCUCCCAUUCGAUCAUGGACCUUGGGGAUUCUGAUGGUGGGGGAUUCGGCGGGGAGCAGCCCCAAAGGACUCAACCCCGUCCUCUCCCAGCCGACCUUCCAAAGUCUCUAGAUGAUCGUAGAGUCGUGUCAGUUGACCUAAUACCAGAGACUGAGAUGUAUGAUGGAUGGCAAGGUCAAUCACAGUUCUUAACCUCACCGAUAACCGCAAAACCUCUCCAAUUUAGCAAUUUGACCCUAGAUGACCCGAACUAUGACGAAAACAUUGCCAGUAGUAUGCCCGACAGCGAUACGCGGUUGAUGCAGAUGCUCGCAGCGCAAGCUCAACAUCUUGGAGGGCAGGCUUUUGGCGAUGUAGAUGCCAUCGCAACAGACGACAAAUUAUCAGACGAUGAAAAAAGGACAAUGCUUCAGAAAGCUUUAGUUAUGUCUGCUAGCAACGGCGAUCUGGAAAAUGUGAAGAAAAUACUUGGCGGUCAAGCCAGACCGUUUGUGGAUAUGAAUGCGCCAGAUGAAGAUGGAACACCAUCUUUGGUCUACGCAAGCUGUUUUGGACACGAAACCGUUGUGCAAACUCUUGUAGAUGCUGGCGUGGACGUUGACCAGCAAGACCGCAACCAUUGGAGCCCCUUAAUGUGGGCAAUGACGAACCGACAUAAGGGCAUCGCAAAGAUUCUGUUAGACAACGGAGCAUCCCCUGAAGCGAAGACCUCCUCGGGAAGAACCGCCUUUGACUUCGUCGCACCUGAUAGUGAGAUGUCAUUUUAUUUGCAUGACAAUGGUUACAGCAUUGGAAAUGCCGGAGUCACAGAUGAUUUUUAUAAUCCAGGAUUCUCCCAAGAUAAGUUUGAGGAAGAGAUGGCUGAGAACGAAAUACGCCGGCGCAUGAUGAUGAACAGUGCGCGAGACCUCGAGGUUGAUAUAGGAAACAUGGGAAUAGACGACCAACCUGAUCUUACGGAUGAUUUUGAAGAGGACCAACAGGAAUUUGAUUGGACUCGAUGUCUGCAUGAUCAAAUGUUUGUCUUCCAAGAAAGUGAUUUGGACAGGAUCCUCGACAUUGUUAUUACCCAUAUGCAGCCUCAACGAUCACCGUCUCAGAAGCCCGUCCCAGCGAACAUGAUCUUCCUUAGCGCGCGGUAUGCUCACUACCAUUCUAGCCCAGAGUUGUUGGCAAAGUUACUUGUGACCGCUCAAGAUAAAAUCAACGAGGUUGUUGAGGCUCAUCAAUGGGACAUGACUAUCCUAGCUUUCUGGAUGUCGAACGCAACUCUCUUACUACACUAUCUCAAGAAGGACACCGGCUUGGUUGAGGCCACGACAGAGUUCCAAGCACAGCUUUCAGAGCUCAUCAACGAGAUUUUUAUUCUCAUUGUUAGGGAUGCAGAGAGACGACUAGAUAAAGCACUAGACUCUGCAAUGCUUGACCACGAAACCAUUCCCGGACUAAACGAUGUCACCUUCCAGCACGAAUGGAAGAUUUUUAAGAGGAAGAAGGAAGUGAAGGAAGAACCACCAGAGAAGCGAUUCGGGCCUCCUUCACCAAAGCAACGUGCCAAACCUGCUCCUCGCAAUGUAACGUCCCUCCUGUCAUCCACUCUCUUCGUCCUCGACCUCUACGAUAUCCACUCUGUUAUUACAGCACAGGUCAUAUCACAACUGCUGUAUUGGCUAGGAGCCGAGCUUUUUAAUCGGAUCAUGAACAAUAGGAAAUACCUGGCCAGGACGAAGGCAAUGCAGAUUCGAAUGAAUGUUUCAGCCUUGGAAGAUUGGGCUAGAUCCAACAAUCGCCAGCCGGAGCAUUACGAACAUGGCGAGACGAGUUCAUCUGGUGAAACGACAGUAGAGGCGGCACGCAGACAUUUGGCCCCCAUCGUCCAGCUUCUCCAAUGGCUUCAGUGUUUCUCAUCUUUGGACCCAGAUGAUUUAGAGGCCUUAGUUGGGACACUACAACAACUCAAGCGGUUAAGUCCGCAACAACUGAUUUAUGCUGCUAAGAAUUAUCGACCAGAAGUGGGUGAGAAGGGAUUGCCCAAGAGUGCUAUGAAGUACCUCGAUGCAAUCCAGAAAGAAGCGGCAUUAAGAAGAGAUCGUAGAAGGACGAUUUCUCCCCUGUCGGGGGGUAGCGCACCUUCGACCCCUAUUAAGAGCACGUUUAACGGUCAUAGCGCGGAGACCCCACGUACCAUACAAGGUACACCAAAUCCGGACCUUGAUGAUGAUGAUGUACCAGAUGGUGUUAAUCUUGAUCCCUCCUUGAUGUUACCGUUCACUCUUCCAACUGUUACCGACAUGCUUGUAACCUUCGGCGCUGGAUUUGGUGGAGUCAAUCGUGAGCGUGAGAGAAAAUACAUCCCCACCAUCCCUCCAGAGUUUCUUGAUAAGUUAGAAGUAAGCGGUAACCCAAGUCGACCAAUGUUCUUCGAGAAGGAUUGGGAAAAUGAAGAAGUAUAA